AUGAAGUCAAGCAUCACCAAGCGCGUCGCCAUCGCCGGAGCCGCAUCCUUUGCCAAGUACUUCGCUGAAGAAUUCCCCAAGGCUGGACUUGAGGUCGUUAUCUUGACUGGCUCGCAAAGGACUUUUGUGACGGAAAACCCGGAGUAA